AUGGAAAAUGUAAGUACCUACGUUCUAAAUAAUGAAAAAGGUGAAGAAGAUUUAAUCACAAAGCAAUGUGAUUUUCACCCAAAAUAUAAUCCUUAUAGAGUUAGUCAUUACAUUCCUCAUUUAGCUAGUUUAAAUUAUAGUAAUAUCGAAUUUCCAAUCAAAUGUAGCGAUAUAAAAACAUUUGAAAAGCAAAAUCCCGAUUUCAGUAUUAAUGCUUGUAGAAAAAUUCAUUUGUGUGACACUUGUCUACAAUAUUUUGCUAUUAGAAAAUACAGCAUUAACACAUAUUUGAACACUCUUCAUACUGGUCAACCUCACACCAGUAUUGUUCAUAGAAUAAAAAACAGAGUGUCUAAAACACCAACAACUUCGACUUUAUCUCUCAAUAUAUUUAUGUAUUUGUAUUUGAGCUACAAAAACAGGUUGAAACCUUAUGCUGCAGCAAAUAUAUUGUGUUUUUAUGCUCUUAGUAUCAGCUAUUCGAGCCAUUUUCUCACUACCUGGGUAGGGCAGGUAAAGCAACAAUUGUAUAAUGGUUAA